AUUAAGCCUAAUUAAUACUAUCUCUUCCAAACGCGAGACUUUAGCCGCAUAGGCAAAAUCGCUUACGCCCAAUUAAGCACUUUUUCUGCACUCUAGGGUUUUCUCUUUUAACACAAACAUUCUUCCAAUUUCCAUCUCCGAAUCACGAUUCAUCCUCUGUUCCAUCAUUCUCCCUCGCUGAACAACCAUGGCAGCUUUGAAGGAACUUCUUCCUCAACCCAAAUCAUCCUCAACCACUUACUACGACCACACCAACGAUCCAUGGUUCAAACAACGAUUCACCGCUUCAGAAGAGGAAAAAUCCUCUACUUUCAACCCUAAAUCAGUACCACCGUAUCUAAAGCGUUCCGGUUUCGUUCCUCGGAAAAUUGAAGAUUUCGGCGAAGGUGGAGCGUUCCCGGAGAUCCACGUGGCACAGUAUCCACUCGACAUGGGAAGACACAACAAAUCCUCCAAACCAGGUUCAAAGAUUCUUCCGGUAACCGUCGACGCUCACGGAAACGUUGCAUACGACGCCAUAGUGAAACAAAAUGAGAACGCUAAGAAAAUCGUUUACACUCAGCAGAAAGAUUUGAUACCUAAAAUUCUGAAAAACGAUGAAGAAGAUGAUGAAAUGGAUGAAGAUGUUGAAGCUUUAAUCGAUGAAACAACGCAGGAAACAAAAGCUGCACUUGAGAAGAUUGUUAAUGUGAGACUCAGUGCAGCACAACCGAAAAAUGUUCCCAAACAUUCUUCUGAUUCGAAGUAUAUAAAGUAUAAACCUUCGCAACAGAUUGCGGCUUUUAAUUCGGGUGCAAAGGAGAGGGUUAUUAGGAUGGUUGAGAUGCCUGUGGAUCCACUUGAGCCUCCCAAAUUUAAGCAUAAGCGUGUUCCAAAGGCUUCGGGUUCGCCUCCGGUUCCUGUUAUGCAUUCGCCUCCGAGGCCUGUUACUGUAAAAGAUCAGCAGGAUUGGAAGAUACCGCCUUGUAUUUCGAAUUGGAAGAAUCCGAAGGGUUAUACGAUUCCGCUUGAUAAGCGUUUGGCUGCUGAUGGGAGAGGGCUUCAGGAGGUUCAGAUUAAUGACAAUUUUGCUAAGCUUUCGGAGGCUUUGUAUGUGGCAGAGCAGAAGGCUAGAGAAGCUGUUGCUAUGAGGUCUAAGGUUCAGAAGGAAAUGCUUUUGAAGGAGAAGGAAAGGAAGGAACAGGAGUUGAGGGCUUUGGCUCAGAAAGCACGGUCGGAGAGAAUUGGUGUUGCUCCACCGGCUGCUGCUGCUUCGGUUGUGAGUGGUGUCGAUGAUGGUGGUGAUAUGAGAGUUGAUUAUGAGCAUAGAGAUAGGGAAAGGGAUAAUAGGGAAAGGGAAAGGGAAAAGAAUUUUCCGAAGGAGAGUAGGGAAGAAAGAGAGGAGCGGUUGCAACGUGAGAAGAUUCGUGAGGAAAGGCGAAAGGAGAGGGAGAGGGAGAGAAGGUUAGAGGCUAAGGAUGCUGCCAUGGGAAAGAAGAGCAAGAUUACUAGAGAUAGGGACCGUGAUAUAAGUGAGAAAGUUGCUCUUGGUUUGGCUUCUACGAAGCAAGGGACAGAGGUUAUGUAUGAUGAAAGACUAUUCAACCAGGAUAAAGGAAUGUCUUCUGGGUUUGCAACGGAUGAUCAGUAUAAUGUGUAUGACAAAGGCUUGUUCACUGCGCAGCCAACGCUUUCCGCUCUCUAUAGGCCGAAGAAGGAUCUUGAUAAUGAAGCUUAUGGAGGUGCAGAUGAACAGCUGGAGAAGAUUAUGAAGACCGAACGCUUUAAGCCUGAUAAAGGAUUUGCAGGGGUUUCUGAAAGGGCAGGUCCAAGGGAUAGACCGGUUGAGUUUGAGAGUGAAGAAGCUGAUCCGUUUGGUCUUGACCAGUUUUUGACUGAGGUCAAGAAGGGUAAGAAGGCCAUGGAAAAUGUAGGUGGGGGAGGAACUAUGAGAGCUAGUGCUGGAUCUUCAAUGCGAGAUGGUUCGGAGGGAGGUUCUGGCAGGACUCGGAUUGGAUUUGAAAGAGGGCGUUAAGCGGAUCAGUGUAAUGGCUUAUUGAUAUCAUGCUUAAGUUGGUAUGCCUUGAUGUGGAUGGUAAAGAUAACGUGGUUGAGUCAUCACAUACUUUUUGUUGCCCUCCCCAAGGGAUCACCUUAUAGGUGUUGAAAUGAACUUGUAUUUUUGUUUCCAAACUUGGCAUGAGUUUUAUGGUAUUUAUCUUUCCAUGGAGUUAUAUUGAGUGAAAUGCAAUGUUUAAAGAGAUCUCCUCAAAUUGAAUGAAAUGUAAUUGGAUGUUAAAAUGUACUCCUUGAGUUAUCAAGUUAUUUAAUGCCUGAUUACCUGAUACUACA